AUGGAGGAUGACGCCUCACUACACAGGUUGGAGGGCAGUGAGCCUUCUCUCCAGGAAGGAGGACUGGUGAUUAAGAAGAAGAGUUCCAGCAAUGAGCAGCAUGUGUUUAAAGCCCCCGCGCCGCGCUCCUCGCUGCUGGGCCUAGACUUGUUGGCUGCCCAAAAAAGGAAGGAGCGAGAGGAGAAGGAGCGGCAGGAGGGGGACAAGAAAGUUAAAGUAGGUUCUAGAGACUGGGAGGAUCGAGAGAAGACCUCUGAAGGAUCCAGUGAUAGGAUCAGCCGAGGAAGCCAUGGUGAUAGACAUUACAGAACGCCACGAGUGGAGACACCGUCUUAUACCGGUGGGGUCAACGAGGAAUUCCUGGCACGGAGUCGCCAGAGGGAGCGAGAGAGGAGGGAACAUGGCGUCUAUGCUUCAUCCAAGGACGAUCGGCGGCGAAAGGAGCGUAGCAGUCGAGACAGAGAUGACCGCAGUCACAGGAGCAGCAGGUCUGAUCGUGAUCGCUCAGAGCGAGACAGCGGAUCCGAGAGAAGUUCAAGACGCAGCGAACCUGAUUCUCCGAGGCACAAACCCAGAGAUUCCUCGACUCCCUCUCGUUCUGGGUGGGAGGAGGAUGACAGCGGUUACGGCAGUUCUCAGCGCUCUCAAUGGGAGUCGCCUUCUCCGUCACCAUCAUACAAAGACUACGACCGGAGCCACCGCAGCGAGAGGGACAGUUCCAGGAGGGAUCGGUCAGUGAGGGUCAGCUACACGGAUGAUUCUCCGCUGCCGACACCUUCCUACAAAUUUAAUGAAUGGGCAUCUGAGAGGCGCCAUUUUGGGUCCACCCCGCGGCUCUCCCAGGGAAGAGGAAAGCAGGAUGCUGAUGAAGAUGGGAUCCGUUUUACAUCAGAAGAUGACCAGAGACAGUGGGAGGAAGAUCAGAGGCAAGCGGAUAGAGAUUGGUACAUGAUGGAUGAGGGUUUUGAUGAAUUUCACAACGCUCUGACUUCCACCUCUGAGGACUAUGUACGCAAGAGAGAACAGCAGCUUCAAAAGCAGACUCACAAGAGGGUUUCUGCUCAGAGACGGCAGAUCAAUGAGGACAACGAUCAGCGGUGGGAAACAAACCGCAUGCUGACGAGUGGGGUGGUUCAGAGGUUGGAAGUGGAUGAGGACUUUGAAGAGGACAAUGCCGCCAAAGUGCAUCUGCUGGUCCAUAAUUUGGUGCCACCUUUUCUUGAUGGCAGAAUUGUCUUUACGAAGCAGCCUGAGCCAGUAAUUCCAGUGCGGGACCAACUUCCGACAUGGCAAUCAUCUCUCGCAAAGGCCAGCCAGUUGGGUGCGCAAGCAUCGUAUUGCGCAAAAGGAAAGGAAAAAAGGCUCAACACAAACACUGGGAAUUAGCUGGGACAAACUCGGAGACAUUAUGGGAGUGAAAAAGCAGGAGGAGGAGAAUGACAAGCCGGUGGUGAAGUGAUGGCUCUGUAGAUUACAGGGCGGAGCAGAAGUUUGCAGAUCACAUGAAAGAGCGCAGUGAGGCAAGCAGUGAAUUUUCCAAGAAGAAGACUCUGAGGGAGCAGCGACAGUUUCUGCCCAUCUUUGCUGUUCGUCAGGAACUGCUGACCGUAAUCAGAGAAAACAGUAUAGUCAUUGUAGUCGGAGAAACUGGCAGUGGCAAGACAACACAACUGACCCAGUACUUGCAUGAGGACGGCUACACAGAUUAUGGCAUGAUAGCAUGCACGCAGCCCCGUAGAGUGGCUGCCAUGUCUGUGGCCAAGAGAGUAAGCGAAGAGAUGCAAGUAAGUCUGGGGGAGGAGGUUGGCUAUGCUAUUCGGUUUGAGGAUUGUACAUCGGAGAAGACCCUCAUUAAAUACAUGACUGAUGGCAUCUUACUGAGAGAAUCUCUGCGUGAAGCUGACUUGGACCACUACAGUGCAGUUAUCAUGGAUGAGGCCCAUGAGCGCUCGCUGAACACGGAUGUACUGUUCGGCCUUCUGAGGGAGGUUGUCACCCGGCGGUCAGAUCUGAAAUUGAUCGUCACCUCAGCCACAAUGGACGCCGAUAAAUUUGCCAAUUUUUUUGGUAAUGUCCCCAUUUUCCAUAUUCCUGGGCGGACGUUUCCUGUGGAUAUCCUGUUCAGCAAGACACCACAGGAGGAUUACGUGGAGGCUGCUGUAAAACAGGCCCUGCAGAUCCAUCUUUCUGGAGCUCCGGGAGACAUAUUGAUCUUCAUGCCUGGUCAGGAGGACAUUGAGGUGACCUCAGAUCAGAUUAUUGAGAGACUGGAAGAGCUGGAGAGCGCCCCUGCUCUGGCCGUAUUGCCAAUCUACUCCCAGCUUCCCUCUGAUCUCCAAGCCAAAAUCUUCCAGAAGGCUCCAGAUGGCGUUAGGAAAUGCAUUGUGGCCACUAACAUUGCAGAAACCUCACUGACUGUGGAUGGUAUAAUGUUUGUUAUAGACUCCGGAUACUGCAAGUUAAAGGUAUUUAACCCACGAAUUGGUAUGGAUGCUUUACAAAUCUAUCCCAUCAGCCAGGCCAAUGCUAACCAGCGUGCAGGUAGAGCUGGUAGGACGGGCCCAGGGCAGUGCUUCAGGCUGUACACACAGAGCGCGUACAAGAAUGAGUUGCUGUGCACUACAGUGCCUGAAAUCCAGCGCACCAACCUGUCCAAUGUGGUCCUGCUGCUGAAGUCCCUGGGAGUCCAGGAUCUUCUCCUCUUCCACUUUAUGGACCCACCGCCAGAGGACAAUAUGCUCAACUCCAUGUACCAGCUUAUUCAUCUUUGUUUGUGUUUUACUCUAGGCUCACUCACUUCCACCGGACGUCUCAUGGUUGAGUUCCCACUGGAUCCGGCUCUAUCCAAGAUGUUGAUCGUAUCCUGCGAUAUGCGCUGCAGCGCUGAAAUCCUUAUUGUGGUGUCCAUGUUGUCUGUGCCAGCUAUAUUUUACCGGCCUAAGGGACGUGAGGAAGAAAGCGAUCAAGUCAGAGAGAAAUUUGCUGUCCCUGAGAGUGACCACUUGACUUACCUGAACGUAUUCCUCCAAUGGAAGAACAACAACUACUCCAGUGGCUGGUGCAACCAGCAUUUUAUCCAUGCUAAGGCCAUGAGGAAGGUACGAGAAGUUCGGGCUCAGCUGAAGGACAUCAUGGUGUCUCAGCGCAUGUCUCUGUCAUCCUGCGGGUCGGACUGGGAUGUGGUCCGGAAAUGUAUCUGUGCCGCCUAUUUCCAUCAGGCUGCCAGGCUAAAGGGAAUCGGCGAAUAUGUGAAUGUACGGACGGGGAUGCCCUGUCACCUGCACCCAACAAGCUCUCUGUUUGGCAUGGGAUACACACCGGACUAUAUUGUGUACCACGAGCUGGUGAUGACCACCAAGGAAUACAUGCAGUGUGUCACCGCGGUGGAUGGAGAGUGGCUAGCGGAGCUCGGCCCGAUGUUCUACAGUAUAUAAAGCAUGCUGGGAAGUCCAGACAGGAGAACAGACACGCCGGACCGAAAGGAGGAGGUGUUCAGCCAUGGGAGGAGGAGAUGAUAAUGGCGGAAGAACAACUUCGAGCGAGGAAAGAGGAGCAGGACAAGAAAAGCACCACUCACUGCAGUAUCCAGGUCAGUAAAGAUCUACACACCGGGGAGGAAAGAGCAGCUGGAGCAGGGGACCCCUCGCCGCACCCCCGCACGGUUUGGCCUGUGA